UGGGACGCGUUGAACUUUAUUUUUAAUAAAUGUAUUUAAUUAAAGACUAGACAAUGAUCUAAAAAUAAUACCCUAAUAAAUACUUGAGAAAAAUUAACUCUAAAAAAGUAUUAGAAUUCUAAAAUUGAACAAUGUCUGGCAACAAUAAAGAAGAAAAAGACUCCAAUAAUGUAUCUUUUAAUAAAGAAGAAAAACCACCUGCCAGCGAAAACAAUCAAAGUGAAUCAGAAUCAAGCCCCGGAUUAAUUCUUUCUAGCGGAGAAAUAAAUUGGGAUUGUCCUUGUUUAGAUGGAAUGGCCUCAGGUCCUUGCGGUUCAGAAUUUAAAGAAUCAUUUCUCUGUAUGUUCAAUAGUAAUAAUAAUGAGGAACAAGAUAAUUUAGAGUGUCUCACAUCUUUUAAAAAUUUGUUCACGUGUAUGUCAGAAUAUCCGGAUUUUUAUCGUGAAAAGGGAUUUUCCGAAGAUCUUUUGAACAUGAAAAAGAAACCUGAAGAAGAAUCUGCAGAAAAUGAAGAAGACGAUGAGAAGAAGAACCAAAAACAGAACAAAAAUGAUAAAACAGAAUCUAAAGAAUGAAUUUGUGUAAAUAAA